AUGUUGGAACUUUAUACUUGGGGAGAAGCUUUGGGAUUAAAUUCGAUUGAUCCAAAAUGUUCAAGUAUCAUUGCGUACUUACAAUUAUUUGUACAAGAAGAAUGGGGCGUUGUUGAAUGCAAUAAUCCAAAUAUAUCUCCAACUGGUGAAUUACCAUUGUUAAAAGAUGGUUUAGAGUGGAUAUCUGGGACAAAUAAGAUAAUCAAAUAUUUAAAGAAAAAGGGUUAUGAUGCUGAUGAAAAUUUGUCGGAUAAACAACAAGCUGAUAGUAUCGCUUUCUUAUCAUUCAUCCAAGAAAGAUUAUAUGAUUGUUUGUUAUUCUCAUGGUAUGCAGAUGAUAGAAAUUAUACAGACAAAAUUCGUCCAUUAUACGCGAAACUUGUUUCGUUCCCGAUGUCUUAUUUCGUAUCAAGACAAUUAAGAAAAAAUGCUAAAGAAAGAUUAAAGAAGUAUAAUGUUGUAACUUUUAAAGAUUUCGGUGUAAUCGUUAACAACAAAGAUAAGAUGGAUAAAAUUAUAAAAGAUUGUUAUAAAGUAUUACAAGAUAAAAUUGAUUCAAAUGACUAUUUUUUUGGAAAUAAUUUAUCUACAUUGGAUGUUUUUUUAUAUGGAUAUCUGGCGCCUCAACUAUAUCCUGAUCUACAAAACCAAAGUCUAUCCACAACCAUAACCACUCAAUUUCCAAGAUUACAACAAUUUUGCGAUCGUGUAAAAUCAAAUUUAUCCGAAAAUAAUCAAAUAAUAAACAAAUUGCCAAUUCCAAAAAUUGAUUUAUCAACCAUUUUUACUACUACUACCGGUUCAUUUAGAUCUCCACGUUCAUGGUUCGCUAAUUGGUUUACUAGUACAACAACAACAUCUACUACUAGCGGUAUUAAUAAACCUGAGAAAUCAGAGGCACAAAAAAAGUUUGAAAGAAAAAGAAAUUUAGCAAUUAUAGGACGAGGAAGUAGAUGA